CUUUUGCAUAGUCCUAAUAUCGAUGUUUAGGGCGCGAACAAAACAGUAUGAACGGACGCCGGAAACAGGUUCUGCAGUAAACGCGUUGCGCCAGCAAGUAUUCUAUAUUAUUCAUCAUGUCAACGGUCAAGGAUAAAAUAGUCAUCCUUGGACGGCCGUCCAGCGCAAGCCCGGCCAACCGCGGUGGGGCAGCGUCAACCAGCGCCAGCGCCUCCACAUUGGAAAGCGCAGCAACCCAUGGCACCAAGUCUGAGCGGGCCGCAGCUGCGCUCACGCUUUGGGACAAGUGGGCAGGCGAAGCGCUGGGGCCCAUCUCAGCAGACCCCACGCAUGAGGAGCUGAGCCGCAAGAGCCGCCGCGUGCAGCGCCUGGAGCAGGAAUGCGCCGCCAUCGCAGCACGCGCACAGCGCCGCCUGGAGCUGAGCACCGCUAUUCGGUCGCAGCCCAUCAUGCUGUCCAGCGCCAGCGCCCGCGGCGCCGACGCGGGGAGCCCGGCGCUACUGAAGACCGGUUCCUUUAACCGGGAGAUGCAGUACGCGGUACGGGAGCGGCGACGCGCAGCUGCCUAUGCAGCCGUUAAGGCCGAGGGCGAGGCGGAGGUGGACGCGCUGUCGGGUGUGGUCACCGUGGGCGUGGCGUCGCCGACGGUUGUGGCGGCAGCGGGCGGGGAGCAACAGUUCUCGCGUGGCGCCUCCUUCAAGUCGCGCAACAUGCUCGACGCGCUCAUAGCAAGUCGCUCAGCAGCAGGCGGCGGCGGGGGUGGCGUACUGAUGAGCCCCGGCAGCCCAAAGAUGGGUGCCGGCGGCAGCGGCCGGCCGCGGCCGCAGUCCGCGAUGCCAAUGCGGGGCGGCGGCUCGGCGGCCGCCGGCGCGGGUGCAGGCCCCGCCAGCUUCCGCGCCUCCCGCCCACGGUCCGCUGUGCCGGGCGCCACAGGCGCGCCGGACCGGGCCGUCAGCCGCCAGGCGUCCAUGUCCGGCGGCCCUGCGACAGGGCUGCAGCGGUCGGGUAGCAUGGCAGCGCGAGCCGCUGGGCUGGUGUCGGGCCCGGUCACGUACCCCGCCUCGGUGGUGUCCGGGCCUGGCGGCGGCGGCGCGGCGUCCAUUGGCUCGGGCCUGGUAUCGCUGCCUGAGGGCAACUACCUGGCUCUGCGGCAGGAGGUGGAGGCGGUGUCGGAGCGGCUGGCGGCCACGCAGGCGGCGCUAGAGGUGCAGUCGGACACGGAGACGCAGCUGCGUGAGGCCAUUGACCUGAUGCGCGCCCGGCUGCACAGCAGCGGCGUGCGCGAGGUGGAGGCGCAGCGGCGGCUGGCGCAGCACAGCAAGCUGGAGCCGUUGUUUGACCGGUUGGCGGAGUGCUUCACGUUCAGCAACCCAGAGGAGGUGGUGGCGCGGCUGGAGUUCUUGGAGGACGACAAGUUGGGCACCUUCGAUCAGCUGCUGCGGACGCAAGAGGAGGUGACACGGCUCCAGCAGCGGCUGGCGGAGGUGCAAAAGGCGGGCGAGACUGUGGCGACUCGGCUCACCACGGAGCACCUGCAGGGCAGCGCCCGCCUGCAGGAGCAGAACGAGCAGCUGCGGCAGGAGCUUGAGUCGAUGGAGGGAUUGGUGCACCGCCUCACGAACCGGCAGGCGCAGCUGGUGGCGCUGCAGACAGCCGUGUUGCAUUUGUGGGGCAAGCUCUCAGACGACCCGCAUUUCGCGGCGGCGUUCGGCGGACCGGGUGCGGCGGACGCGGCGCGGGCGGCGUCGCCCACCAGUCCUAGCCCCCGAGGCCGUGGCGCAACCAGCCCCAGCCGCGUCUCAGCCAAGAGCCCCGCUCGUAGCGGCACGGGCGCAUCAGUCAUCAGCGGGGGGGCCAGCAGCUACCACGAAGAAGCAGCGAGCGUCACUAGCGGCGGCGGCAUGCUGUCCGACCCACUGUCCAUGCUCGCCAUGAUUGAGGAGUUCGUGACGGCCAAGAGCGACAAGCUGGCGAUCAAGCAGUUCACAGAGAUCCAGCGUGUGGCUAACCACGUAUGGCAGCAGCACUUCCGCAACCGCGAGGACAUUCGCGGCAAGGUGGUCCCCACGUUCGAGCAGCUGAGCAAGAUCGCGGACAAGAUGGCGGACAGGGUGCGCAACGUGCAGGACCAGGCGGGGCGCAGUCAGGAUGCGGAGAAGCAGCUCAUGAAGCAGUUGAAGCGGCUGCAGCAGCAGAAGCGGCAGCUGGAGGGCGAGCUCGCGCGCCGCGACGAGCUGGUCAAGAGCCUGAUGGGCGUGCCGCGCCGCGAGCGGCCGGCAUCAGCCACAGCCGAGCUCGGACGCAUCAUCCGCCAAGACGCAACGUCAGCGUCGCUGACCUCGCCGUCGCAGGCGGCCGGUUUGGGCUAUGGCACAUCAACGGGCGUGUCGCGGGUGCAGUCGUUGGCGAGUGGACUGGGCAGGGCGGGGCGCGGCGGGGCGGCGGUUGACGAGCCGGCGUCGCCCCCCUCGUCCAACCCGGUGCUGGCGCGAAUGAUGACGCAGCGCAUGGUGCAGCAACAGCAACAGCCGCAACAGCCGCAACAGCCGCAACAGCAGCAGCGGCUGCAAGCGCAGCCGUCUACGGCGCAGCCGCAGGCCCAGCCGUCGCGCUCACGGCCGGUGUCCGCGCCGCAGGGCGCGCAGGCCGUAGCGGCGGCACGGGCGCGCAACGCGGCGGCGGCGCUUGCGGCGCAGAACUAUCAGCCACCUGUGACGUCCGGAGGUACCCUGGCCACCCUGAUGAGCCCUGCUGUGGCGGGCCAGGUGCCGCAGGUGACAUCCGAUUUGCCCAUGGGGGUGCACUGGCAAAAGUACACUGGCAACACACAGCCGCCGGCUGGAGGCCUGUUCUAUGCGUCGGGGACGUCUGAGACGGCGCCGGAGACUGGGGGCAGUGCUGCGGGCGAUGCGCAGCCGGCACCAUCCGUGCGGUGGGCGGCGCCACAGCGCAGCGCAAUUGAGCAGGCGUUCUUGACACGGCUGGAGCGGAGGACGCGUGUCACGUAGCGUACGGUUCUUGAUGCAUGGUAUGCUGGCAUGGGGACUUGACGAGUAGCCGAGACUGCGAUGCCAGUACUGCAGCAUCAGACUGGCUUGUCUGCCCACGGUUCCGCUGUUACGCACGUCCUGGUUACGCAUGC